CUGCCAGCCAGCCAGACCCUGAGCCUCUGCCACCGGGGCAGCUCGCGCUGCGCGUCAUGAGAGGGCCCCGGGCCCUGGUGGUGGCGCUCUGGGCGCUGGAGCUUGCGCGGGCCGCAGCGCUGCGCAUCGGAGCCUUCAAUAUCCAGAGCUUCGGCGACAGCAAAGUGUCGGACCCCCUCGUGCUGGUCCCGCUGCACGCGGCGCCCCACCAGGCGGUGGCGGAGAUCGACGCGCUCUACGACGUGUACCUGGACGUGAUCGACAAGUGGGGCACCGACGACAUGCUGUUCCUGGGCGACUUCAACGCCGACUGCAGCUACGUGCGCGCGCACGACUGGCCGGCCAUCCGCCUGCGCAGCAGCGAGCUCUUCAAGUGGCUCAUCCCCGACGGCGCCGACACCACGGUGGGCAACUCCCACUGCGCCUACGACCGCAUCGUGGCCUGCGGCGCGCGCCUGCGGCGCAGCCUGAAGCCCCAGUCGGCGGCCGUGCACGACUUCCAGGAGGAGCUCGGCCUGGACCGGGCUCAGGCUCUUGCCAUCAGCGACCAUUUCCCGGUGGAGGUGACCCUCAAGUCCCACUGAUGGCCCUGAGGCCUGGCCAGGUGGAGCUGCCUGCAGCACUCCCUGGCCAGGGGGACAGCCCAGGGCUCACCAGGGUGGCGGGCAUUCCUCAUCAAGGCCCUGGGCAGGGUCAGCUGGGCCUGGACAGGAGCCAUGCCUGCAUUUUGGGGUGACCUAGGCUGCUCCCCAUCUGUAGAAUAGGGUCCCAUCCCCACCCUCACGGGACUUUGGCUGCAAAGCUCCAUCCCACCGGACAGUGGGCCCUGACUGCCUCCCGGCCAGCUUGGUUCAUGGGGCGGCUCGUGCUGGAGCACGGCAGCUGUCUUGCUGUCCACCGCACACCGCAAGGCCACCUCCUGGCCGAUGUCCCUCCUGCAGCCCAGGCCUGGGCCCAGUGUCCCCGGGCCCUGCCCGGCCCUGCCCCUCACUGCUGGCGGGAGGUCUGGGGAUCAGCGAGGCCCUGGGUGGGAGGAGGGCUGGCCGGCCGUCGGGGUCAGGCAGGCGGGUGGGGUGCGCUCCUGCCCCAAGAACCUGCACCCUGAGGGGUGCCCUCCUGGGGACGGCGGCGGGCUGGGUGGCA